AAAAUUUCCCGAGGCAUCUGUUCCAAUGUUUUGGCUCGUGGCCGACCCUGCGUCGAACAGAUUGCAGUCGGUAUGCCCGUUGUGAGCACAUGAUAAAUAGGUGAUGGGUGGGACUACGGGGAAGCUGGCUCCUUCGAAGAAUGGAUCCGUACACCAGUCCAAAACUGUUUCGCAUGGAACUUCAAUGGAUCUGUCAAACCAUGGUCUCAACAGCAUGGAUCAAGGUAGCUUGAGCCUAUUUGACCGAAACUACUUUAUGUUGCGUACCACAGAGCGCGCCGACGACUCCGUAAGCCGUUUGAACGUUUCUGGCAUCGUUCCUGUGGAAAAGGAGAUAAUGGUAGUCCUAUAUGAUUUCACAGAAUCCAUGAAGUCUCAGAUCACAAUAAAACGAGUAACUCCCCUUGUAGGCGCAGCAUUCCGUUCGUCUUGCAGUGGUUUUGCCUGCAGGAUCUGCUCGUCUCGUGGCGCUGACAUCCUCAAUUACCUAAAAAUCACUCUUCAAGCCUGGACGCCCAGUCUACCUGGCUACCUUCAAUGUCCACAAGCAGGACAACAAGGUGCUCUUGCUCUCACGCUGGAAUUGAUUGAAAUUGACCUGUGCUGUCUCAGAAACAACAAUUCAAGAUGCAAGCAUGGUGAAUUAGUGCGCCUGUUGAGCUACAGUCCCGCGGGAGAUUGGUCUGAGGUUGAAACUUCCGGACUGGCUCAUCCGGCGACUCAUCCACUGUCUGACGUGGAGAACAAUCAUGCUACCGGGGCAAAUCAUUUUCCGUCUCACACCGGAUCGGACAGUAGCUCUCACCGCGAUGCACCGGGUGCUCAGAGUGCGACAAGUUCUGUCGGUGGAGGCAGCAAUUCAGGAAGCCAGAUCAAAUACCGGCGUGGAUGGGUCCCAACGAGCUAUCUGGCUCCGGCUCACGUGCUGUUGUCUGAUCCGGUACAAAACACACGUCAUCUGAUAGGCCAAACGUCGCAUCAGAUGCUUGUAUCACCUGCGACUACUUUGUUUCAAGGACCUCACGCCGAUGGUGUCGGCGAUGCAAUAGGGGAUUCCCAACCAAACCUAGUUUCCAGACAUCCCAAACACACUGUUUCAAGUGCAGGUCCUCAGACAGUUUUAUCAGUAACAUCUACCCUGGACAGCUCUCCGGUCGGUAUUCAUGGUCCAGGAUUGUCUGCCUACCCCUGGUAUCAUGGUGCUGUGUCUCGGCAAGCCGGCGAGCAACUUCUCCGAUUCGGUAUUACAGGAUCUUUUUUGGUCCGUGCUUCGGAAUCUGCUCCCGGUCAACUCUCUGUCACUGUUCGGCACUUGGGACGAGUAUAUCAUUAUCGGAUCAGCCAAGAUGCGCGUGGCAUGUUUUACAUCACCAAUGUUCAUCGAUUUCCCACCGUGGUCCAGUUGAUCGACCACCAUUCACGUUCCGCCGAUGGCUUGGUCUGUCCCCUGCUGUACCCGGUUCCCAAAACUCCCACUUCAACUCAGGCUCCCUACUCCUCCAUCCUUGCUCACCCGUUCGUUCCUUUACUCCCACUGCCACCCAAUUCUGGGCUGCACCCAACUCACGCUAGUCCCAAUGCCUCUAACAUCUUGGGCGAGGCGUUGACCGAAUCAGCACUUCGUCACGCACCACUUCAUCUGCAACGUGGUCGGGGCACUGUGAUACCGGAAUCAGGUCUGGUUAACCACCCAGGCGUACCUGCUCCGCAGGGAACGCUUGCGGCGAAUGCUUUCACAGACGACGCAUCAUCAAAUCGGAUGUUAGCCCUGGACGAAUGGGAGAUCAAUCGAGCUGAGAUUGUCAUGCGGCAGAAACUGGGCUGUGGCCAGUACGGUGAUGUGUACGAGGCUAUAUGGAAGCGACUGAAUGUCGUAGUCGCAGUUAAAACUCUCAAGCAAGACGUCAAUUUGAACGUGAACGACUUCCUCAAAGAGGCUGCAAUCAUGAAGCGUUUACGCCACCGAAACCUGGUUCAAUUGCUUGGUGUUUGUACGCGCGAACCACCACUCUAUCUUAUCACUGAAUAUAUGCCAAACGGGAAUCUUCUAAACUACCUCCGUGGGCGCAGUCCCGGUGAACUCACACCACCGAUUCUACUCUACAUGGCUGUCCAGAUCGCCUCGGGCAUGUCGUACCUGGAAUCCAGCAACUUCAUCCACAGAGACCUCGCUGCGCGCAACUGCCUCGUCGGUGAACGUCAUCUGAUAAAAGUUGCAGAUUUCGGUCUUGCCCGCUAUAUGCAGUUGCAGGACACCUACACCGCAAGGAAUGGCGCCAAAUUUCCCAUCAAAUGGACUGCCCCAGAGGGUUUGGCCUAUUAUGUUUUCUCAUCCAAGUCAGACGUUUGGGCUUUCGGAGUGGUGCUGUGGGAAUUGGCCACUUAUGGCUUGUCUCCUUAUCCAGGCGUUGAACUGCACGAUGUCUAUCAUUUGCUCGAGAAAGGAUAUCGCAUGGAAAGACCACAUGGCUGCCCUGAAGCCGUCUACUCAAUUAUGCUGCGUUGUUGGGAAUGGGACGCCAGCUUACGACCUUCAUUCUUUGAAGUGCACGCUGAAUUGGAACGAAUGUAUGCGACAAUGAAUAUAGAAGCUGAAGUGGCCCGUGAACUGGAGAAGAAACGACAACCCACCCUUCCCAAUCCUCCGCAAUUACUUCAACCGGCGGUGCAAAGACAAAUUUCAUGUCCAAUCAACAGCUCUGCGGAGCCUCGAACCGAUUGGGAUUCCGCCGUGUUCGCUCCUGUUCCACCUUUCUCCAACAUACCAUCCUCAAAUGCACCGGUCUCGCAACCCUGGUCUUCUGUGGGUCAGGUAGGUGCUUCCAACAACGUUUUGCUUGGUCCUUUAAGCGGUUCUACCGCUUGUGCGGCAAAUUCGUUCCACUCGGACGGACAACAAUCCCGUUUAGAUGCAACUGGUAGGCAGCAGCGGGUUGAUGGAGGUCAGUUCGAUGACAGCGAAGAUGAGGAGGAGGAAGAAGAUGAGAACGAAGAAGAGGAAGAGGAAGAGAACGAUGAGGACGAGGAAUUUUGGUCCAGAAGAAUGCAAGCGGUCAUGGGAUUUGAGAACAAAGUACCGGGUUCAAUAGCUGAUGCCGGUCGAUUUGUUGACCCACGAAGCCGCUCAACUGAUAACGGUUUGAGCUUACCCAAAAACUCGGUGUGUGAACGAAGGCAAUCGAUGUCCCUGACUCCUUCUUCUGCAGCCAAUACGUCCAUCUCGAACGGAAAUCACUUCCCCACUGCCUGUGUUGUUUCCCCCACAGGGAUGCGCCAUACUGGCACAUCAGCGCUGCCGGUAAAAGUCAGUCAACAGGACGCCAACCUGUAUCAACCUUCCAUAUGCAAUUCUAGUUCAGCUAUUCAACGUGUGUCCACUAAACGACCGCCUACAACUGUCGAAUUUCCACCCAAAAACGCCUCUCUCUGUCCUGUACCGGCUAUCCCAUCCGGUGGGGUGAAAUGUGUUGGCGGUGGUAAGACCAGCGUGCGAGCUGGUCGACAUCAUCGCCGUGUUACCGACGCUGCCGUCGGUCAGCCUGUCCAUUUGGCUGGACUGCAGCAGAAUGGAACAACCCGAAGUCGAGACACGGACACUCCAGAUGAAAGUGGCGUCGGUGAGUCAAUCAUUUCGAACGAGUCGCCUGCGGACAGUGGUGGUGGCGUAGUUGGUUCGACACUCGGGCCAGCACAACCUGAUCCUCGCGUUUCUGUUCGUCCUGCGUGGUCCAAAAGUAAUGAUUUGCCUUAUCGUUCGGACACCAAACCCAAACCUGCUGCAUUCGAUCUUCCCGCAACUCACCGUACUCCAGCAAAUCGGAAAUGUGACUCAAACACUGCCUUGUCCAGUGAUGCGGACCUGAGACGCGAUAUGCCACAGCUGCUCCAUAUGACAACUGCCUCUUCACAACCGUUGCUGCGUUUGAGUCCGGAAGCAAUGGAGCAGUUUGCCACAUUGCCUCCACAAGACCGCAUCGGUCGUUAUCUUGAAAGUCUGAAUGAGAUGCAUCGUGAUAACUCACUCGGCACUACACGUGCUCAAGUCAUGGUCGAUGCUAACACCAACCCAACUGCCAAUGAGUCUCUAGUGUUCUUAAACUAUCCACCACCACCUCCUCCCCAACCAGACCCGUCAUCCUCACCACCCUCACAGUUCUCUUCAACAGGCGGGCGACCAUUCUUACACCUCUCUCUGUCCAACCAACCAGACUGCACCGAUUCAACUAAUACACAUUCACAUUUUGUCGGCCGAAUCGCGGAAGAACGUUCCGCCAACGACCAUUGUGGAACAGAACAUUUAUUGAAUCCACAACCGAACAAUCCGAAAGAGUCACCAGUCGUAGAUUCUGUACACACAGUCGUCGAAUCGGACAAAAAGACGCGCACCCCCCUGGCCAAUGUGUCGGCCUGCAGAAUCCCAAGAUCUCGGCGUCGUGGAGCCAAGCCGGACUGGAAUGCUAUGGGACGCGGACAAGAUGUACUGCAUGCACGAACUGAUUCAGCCGACUGCUCCGGAGAGGAUUCAAACACCGAGGAAGUGCAGCGCUCUCCGGAUGACGAAACACUCUCGGUUGUGUCAGAUUCACCCAUGGGAAAUCACCGUAAGCGAUCGCCCACUCCUAACGUAGAUGAAAACGACUCAAGCGUCGAAGGUGAUGAUGUUUACCAGGCACCGGAUGCCUGUUACUCUCUGCUUACUGACAAUCCGCUGUCUCCGCUACUGUCAAAACCUUCAUAUGACGCAUGUCUGGGCACGUUGAUCGAGCGACUGGAGAAAUUGAUCGCUUGGUCUGCACCGUUCGCUUCAAUGGAUUGCGGACGACAUCGAUCUGCACUCCAUCCGUCUUCUACUGAACUUUUCGAGUAUUUUACCUCUCUUAAUGCCUAUCGUACGGAUCUAGAGGUGUUUUUGCGUUCUAAAGAAGAUUGCUGGAAGACGUCCCCGGAGCGUGUUUUCACUGCAUGCAAUUUGCUUGAAUCACAGACAAACAAAUUAUCACUUGAGUUUGACAGAGCGGACCUUGAAAAGCCGAUGACAGACGACAUACCUCCAGUAGUUGAAACUCUCGCAUCAUCCGUCCAUCCAGCUUUAGAAGCACUCCUGAAGCAGCUUGUCCUUUUUAAUGAGUCCACCGUGGUCGACACGCGGGAAUUCCACCCAAAACCCACCACCACUAGUACAACUUCAUAUUCACGCUCUGGUGCCUGUCUAGUUUCAAAUUCUGUUGCCUAUGGUCACGUGUGAUACUACCGUUUUAGCUCGCCAGUUCUAUUUGUCCCAACUACCAGUCGGUCAGCCAAUCAAUCAGCCCUACUUGAUUGCGCCUUUUCCAACUAUAUUUUCAAUCGUAUAGUUUGUGUUUCUGGAUUCGUUUCUUUUUUUCUCGCUCUCCCGAGUUUAUAGCAAUACUUACGCGUACCUACUUUUAGAGGAGAUUAAUAACGCAUCUAUUAAUCCGUCUUAUUCAUCUCCGCACCCCAAAUCUCAUCGCACUUCUUGAACACAUACACUCCCAUUUGUCCUAAAUAUUUCCUCAGCGUUUCUGUCCGCAGAUCUGAAGGACUCUUCAUUACGUGUCUUGGUGUGAAACUGCGACCUACUAACGUCUUUCUCACUUUGUCCCUGCUUUCCUGUGAACCAGCUGAUGUGUCUGAAUGUACGUUGAACGCUGGUCAGUGUGACAGUGCGAUUUGGGGAGAGGGGAUUUUGGGAGUAGUGUUUUCAAUAAUCCAUGUAUCUUCAUCAUCUCCACUGUUGUGUCUACGCCUGUACAGCUUGGGAACUCCACAAUCCCUUCGGUUAAUUUCGUUUUCGCUCAUUUCUUAGAACAUCCUGGUCACUGUUUUUUUUUCAAUUUUCUUACUGGGUAGGACAGUGAAUCGUGCAUUUUCUUCUCUAGCAUCUACGCUUCCCUUCUCGUUUGCAGUGGCAGUCCGUGAUGUGUUCCGGUCGGAAUUUUUUGUUUUGACUUCCUUUUUGUGGAAAACCUAGUAUACGAGAAAGAAAAAUCACGUUUCAUA